AUGGGCUAUGCUGCUCAGAGAGCCCUGACUGACCGCUUUCCAGAGACGUUUCUCAAACCCCUGGGGACCCAGGACCAGGAGUGCUCUCUGUGGGAGCUGGCCAGUGUGGCCACAUGUUCCCCCAAGUCUACUCCUGUCCCUGGGGCUACUGGCUCUGGCCCUGCCCCCACAGAUGUCCUGGACAGGUCCUUCCGCCGUCCGGCCCAGCCUGUUUAUAACUCUGGCGUGCCCCGCCGGACAGCCGGAGACGGGUACUCGUGUGCAGAAAUCUUUAUGGUCCCUGUCCAGGCCAGAUGCAGCCUGCCCUCCACCGCUGCCCUGGGAGUGGGGACAUCCCUGGAGGUGGCAGCCUGGCGUGGCCCCAGCUCCCCUUUGUCAGCCCCCAAAGUGGCCCGGACCCCCUGGAGUCUGCAGCUGCACCAAGAGCAGAGGACAUUGGCCUUUUUCAACCACUCACCGGCUCCCCCAACAAGCUCCUGCCUGGAUGCCCCUCCCCCUUGCCUAGCCCGAGAGGAGAGCGAGAUGGCACUGCAGGUGCGGGACACUCACCAGGGCUGGACCACACACCUGGACCUGGGUGGGACAGGGCUCUGGCGAAGACCACCCCAGGACUGGGGGCCUUCGAUGGAGAGGUACACUCGGGCCUCCCCUUCUCUCUUGCAGUUUGAAGCUUUCUCCUUGGGGGGCCUGGCCCCUGGCUGGAGCCUGCUGGUCCAGGGACAGUCUGACUCUACAGAGGACAAGUUUGAGAUCAACUUCUUGUCAGAGUCGGGGGACAUUGCCCUGCAUGUGAAGCCUCGCUUCUCCACAUCCACCCUAGUGGCCAAUGCCUUCCAGGGGGGCAGCUGGGGCCCUGAGGAGGUGUCCAACGUCUUCCCGCUGGUUCUGGGGGAGCCCUUUGAGCUGGAGGUCCACUCGGACUCUGCCCACUUCCACGUCCACGCCCAGCAGCUGCAGGUCCUGAGGUUCGAGCACCGCCACCGGCCGCUGGCUGGGGUCACACGCGUGCAGGUGCUGAGUGAUGGUCGUCUGGCACAGGUGGAGCUGGCCAAGCGGGGCCCAAGCUGGGGGUGA